AUGAACAUUGAAGACUCUGCAUUGAACUUUCCACUCAAAUGUAUGAUAUGCAAAAAUAUCAUUAAUCAAAAAGAUGAAUUAAAUAAACAUUCAUGUUUUUGUAACUACCCAAAUAUUAGUGUGGAUGAUAGUGGUUACGUAUGUCCACAACUUGAAGACAUCGAAGAACUUCUUAUAUCUAAUGUAAAAAAGAGAAGAGAAUUAUGGGAUUACAGAUUACCACUUACAUCAAGAUCUCGAGAUGUAAUUGCAAAACACUGGCAAGAAGUAUCUAAGGAAUUAAAUGGAAUUCUAACGCCAGAGGCUGCAUCUAAAAAGUGGCGAUAUCUCAAAGAUUCCUACAUGCGUAUCCGUAAUGAUAUGAUAAAGAAAAAGAGUGGCUCAGCAGCAAGUAAGGUUAUUAAGUGGAAGUGGUAUGAAUUUAUGGAAUUCUUACACGAUAUACAGGAUUUACGUAGUACUACUACCAAUUAUUUAAGUAAACAGAACGAUUCUGCGUCAAGUGAAAUAUCUGGACCUGAAGAUACUGUUGUAAUGAAGAAACGACGAACAUCGGAUAAUGAAGUAUCACUCAUUAUGAAAGAACCAGUAAAAAUAGACGCAUCGUCGUUGCAACAAAUGCGACAAGAAGCUACAGUAUCUGCAUGUGUACCCACACCUGUACCAUUACAAGAUAAUAUUAGUCACAUAAUGAAAUUAAUAGAAAAUGUAUACGUGAAUUUCCAGGUAAUGAAGCAUUUUCUUAUGGGCUACAAUUAUUACAAUUAGUUUCAGAAAAAAAAGAUCAGUUACAUAAGAAACUAUGAGUCUUGUUGUGUUUAUUCUACGUAUGUUGUAAGUGUUAAGUUAUUUAACAUUAUAAAGACUGUUUUUUAUUAGAGGAAGAA